AUGUCUGCGUCAAUGGAGCGAUCUCCAGAUUUUAGCCAGUCCCCCACUAGGAUCAGUCAUCGCUUCAGGACUGCAGCUCUAAAUCACCCUUCUGGUUCCUUUAGCCGCAGUAGCUUUCCAGAUAACAAUGGGUCUCAUAUUGACCAGCCAGGUACAUCACAGUCAGUUUCAGCAAGAGAAGAGCCUGACUUAACCCGGACCCGCAGAGACCAUUCGCUAGACCAAAGCAGUUCUCUUGCUAGAACUUCUCGUCGCUCUGAAAAUGUUCAACGGCCUUUCCUUUGUCAAAGACGCCAGCCUUUAUCUUCUCAGGAACCUGGUAAAAAACAGCAGCAAUCUAAGAAAAAAAAAGGUAUGAAAGCCGCAGCUAUGUGCUUAAUUUGUUUGGAAAAGGGUCGGAAAGAUCUCUUUUGCACUAAUUGUGGGCAUACUUUCCACAAAUCUUGUCUUGCUGAGUGGGAUAAGGUUCAGAAAAAAAGGAAACAACCAGAAAAAAUUUGCCCGACGUGUAAAAAAAAAUAUGGCCGUUUCUUUAAAAUCAGGAUGUAGGUAUUAAAAUCAAAUUUUCCUGCAUACAACAAUUGGUGCUUUUUAAGUUCUGUUUGACUUUUUUCUUUGUUUAUGAAUAAUACUUCUUACUUAAAAUUGUUUUGUACCUAUGUAAGGAGAGGACACCCGAUGAACCCUCAAUGAAAUUCAUGCCUUAAUCUUUUGUUGGAUCAGAGAAGAUUUGUGAACCUUGCUUAUCUAGUGUGAUUACUCUGACUUAAGAAAAGAAGACUAAGGUUCCAAUUAAAGACAAGGUAUGGCGUUCAUUGAGGUAGGCAUCGGACCUAUAGUCUGAUAAGUCCAGUAAUUACAGAGUCAAUUUUUUACAAUUGUGUUAUUUUCUCUUGUACUGACACUUUUUGUAAUGUUUUAAGACAGGCUCUGAAAACUUAACAGUGUACAUUGUAUGCCGAUAUAUCAGCAAUCAUAUCAGCACACAAUGUACACAGUUGAGUUUUCAGAGCGUUUUGAAGUUUUGUUUCCUUUUUCUUUUAUAGAAAAAUCAAUGCAUGACAAUUUUUUUCAUUUCUGUGACAUGUAUCACUUUUCUUAA